AAGGUUAACCAAACCAAACAAUAAACCGCAUCAUCGCACUUUAUCAAUAGGAAACAGUCCAGUUACAAAUGAUAACGUUUGAUAUUAUAUCUUUAUUUUACCACACUCCCUUCAGUUAUAAUCUACAAUAAAACGAAGAACAAAUCGUUUAUUAAUUUUACAUACAUUGUGAAGUUUACAGAAUGACCCGAAUUAGAGAUUUACUCAUUGCCUGGAGGAUACGAAGAGCGAGGCAGCUGAAUAACAGUGAUUCUGUAUCGUUUGAGGCGUUUUGUAACGAAGCACCUCCUCUACGUCACCCUGCCACAAAGGAGUCCUCACUAAGUAAUGAAUACAAGUGUUCCCCAAAGCAUGCCAAAGCAGAAGAGUACGUUCGUUUCUCUGCAGAAACCAGCAGUAUUUCUAAAUGCACCCGUCCUAGUCUAGCGACAAUCCUAUUGCUCAUCCUGUUAUUGGCUGUGUUUUUAAUCCUUCCAAUUAUAUAUUUAUUACACUGUUUUGGUGUUGUAAACAUUGAUCAUGAUUUAUUAAUUCAACAUUCGCAUCAUAAUCUUAAGGAUAAGGAACAUUACACACCAAGUGCUAAAAUACACGAUGAACUUCAAAGCUCUCAAUCCGAAAAAGAUCUACCACCUCCCCCCAAGCCCGAUUAUAAGCAGUGCAAACUACUCAAAAACGAAGAGAAAUUGGACUGUUACCCCGAGUACGGUGCGAACAUGCAAGGAUGCGAGUUGAGAGGUUGCUGUUGGGUUCCUGUUAAAUCAAAGUCCAAAAAGAAGAAAUACGCACCUCUCGACGUGCCCUACUGUUACUUUCCCCCCAAUUACGAUAGUUACAAAUACGUUAAUGUAACAGAAACUGCAUAUGGACUGACUGCAUUUUUAAAACGCAACUAUCGAAGUGCAUAUGGGAAUGAUGUAGAAAUAAUUAAAAUGAUUGUUAAGUACGAAGCCGAAAACCGAUUACAUAUUAAGUUCGUAGAUCCGUUUCGUAAUCGCUUCGAACCACCGUAUCCAGAAGUGCCAAUUGUGGAUAAGGCGGCCUCCAAUUUAUCCUACAAUCUCCAACUGAACGAGGAAAAUGGGGGAUUCCGAAUUAUGCGAAAAGGAGAGCGCACGCCUAUUUUCGAUACAUUUAAUCUGGGAAAUAUGGUCUUCAGUGAUCAGUUUUUACAGUUGUCUUCGAAAUUGCCCUCGAAUUACAUUUACGGACUAGGAGAACAUCGUUCACCACUUUUGCUGUCGACACACUGGCAGCAAUUUACAAUGUUUACGCAUGAUGGCAUACCUACUGAGAAUAUGAAUUUGUACGGCAGCCAUCCAUUCUAUAUGAUGAUGGAGAAUUCUGGUAAAAGUCAUGGUGUUUUCUUGUUAAACAGCAAUGCAAUGGAUGUUAUUCUACAGCCAUCACCUGCGAUAACAUUUAGAACAAUUGGGGGAGUAUUAGAUUUCUACUUUUUUAUGGGCCCGACACCUAAGGAUGUUGUGAUUCAAUAUUUGGAAAUAAUCGGCAAACCUUUCAUGCCCCCUUAUUGGAGUUUGGGAUUUCAUUUGUGCAGGUUCGGCUACAACUCUCUAAACCAAACCGAAAAGGUGAUGCAGAGAAAUAUCGACGCCGGUAUUCCCAUUCAAACUCAAUGGAAUGAUUUAGAUUACAUGAAUAACAGCAACGAUUUCACCUACGACACAAUUAACUUCAAGGGACUACCCCAGUUCGUGAAUGACUUGCAUAAAAGGGGAAUGAACUACAUUCCACUAAUUGACCCAGGUGUGAGCGCAAGCGAGCAAGCCGGUAGCUAUGUACCGUACGAUAAAGGAGUCGAAAUGGAUAUAUUCGUGAAAAAUUCUUCGGGACAGAUAUUCAUCGGGAAGAAUAAGGAUAAGGUCUGGAAUCAUGGUACGACCGUAUGGCCGGACUUCACGGACCCUCAUACUGUAGACUAUUGGUUGAUGAUGUUAAAGUCAAUGCACGAUCAAUUUGCAUUUGACGGAGCAUGGAUUGACAUGAACGAACCGUCCAACUUUUUAUCGGGAUCGUUCACCGGUUGUCCACAGUCGCGUUUUGAAAAUCCACCCUAUCUUCCAGAUGUUGAUGGGGGACAGUUAAAUUAUAAAACGUUGUGCAUGAGUGCUAAGCAUUUUGCCGGAAUUCACUACGAUGUGCAUAACCUCUACGGUUUCACUGAGGCAAUCGUUACAAGUUUCGUACUAGCGGAAAUUCGGAAUAAACGACCGGUGACAAUUUCGCGAUCCAGUUUCCCAGGUUUAGGUCACUAUGCCGGCCAUUGGAGUGGCGAUGUAUAUUCGAAAUGGUAUGAUAUGAAAUAUACAAUUCCACAAUUGCUGAGCUUUAGUAUGUUUGGUGUACCGUUGAUGGGGGCCGACAUAUGUGGAUUCAAUGGUAAUACUACUGCAACGUUGUGUAAUCGUUGGAUGCAGUUGGGAGCAUUUUAUCCAUUUUCUAGAAAUCAUAAUACCGAUGAUGGGUUUGAGCAAGAUCCAGUUGCAUUGGGGUCGCUUGUGGUGGCAUCCUCAAAAAAAGCGUUAAACGUACGCUACGCACUACUGCCAUAUCUGUAUACGCUCUUUUGGGCCGCCCAUGUUGAAGGAGAAACCGUUGCCAGGCCUCUAUUUUUCGAGUUUGUGAAUGAUAAGAAGACUUAUGCCAUUGAUGAACAAUUUUUGUGGGGCCCAGCGCUAAUGAUCACGCCCGUUUUAGAGGAGGCGAAAACGUACGUUAAUCCGUACUUUCCUUCGGGCGUUUGGUACGAUUACUAUACGAAAACGGCGCACGACAGCAAAGGGGAAUAUGUCAAUAUAUCGGCGCCUUUGGAUACAAUUCCCGUUUUUAUUAGAGGUGGGUAUAUUAUUCCACAGCAAAGUGCGAUGAUGACCACUACGCAGUCGAGGUUAACCAAAAUUCAGUUGCUGGCGGCGUCUGAUUUAUCCGAGCAAGCUAGCGGUCAACUCUACUGGGAUGAUGGCGAUUCUUUAAAUUCGGUGGAAGAAAGACGAUAUUCAUUACUUAACUUCACACUGAAGCCAGGAGAGCUUAGAAGUGAGGUCGUAUGGUGGGGUAGCGAAAACCCACCGAAUUUGGGGGUGGUUACAGUAUUAGGUGUUAAAAUUCCCAUACAUGAAGUUACCAUUAAUCAAAUUGCCCAAGAAUUUCAAUAUGACACUAUUCACAAGUAUUUAGUAAUUGAACAUUUGGAUAUAAGCCUAAAAUCGACAGUGAUCGUCUCAUGGAAAUAAUAAGACGAUUCAAUCCAGCGAAUGGAUUGUGGAUUUCAAUUUAAUUUGACAGACUGAUUAUAACUGUUAUUUGUUAAAUAGUUAAGAUUGUGCUUUAAGAGUUGUUGAAACGCAUACUGAGUCAAUUUAAUGUGAUAGCUAACUAAUAUACAUAAAUGUGCUAGUAGCUUAGGAGCAAAUUUCGUGUUGUACUUACCUUUGCUUGGUUCACGCAGUAAUGCGCAACACACUCUAAAUGUUACCCCAUAGUAGUGAGUAGAGGUAUUUCGGGACAAACUGCCAUUUAACUACCUAAAAUUGUAGUCAUUAUUGGUGUGUAUAGUUAAUGUAUCCACAUAAUAGGUAGAAACCUACAGCCAAACCAAAGCGCGCGUUUGAUUAUUGUAUUACUAAAGUAGAAUAAAUAAAUUCUGACGUAUUUUGUUAUAGUUAUGUA